AUGCACUCGUCCGCCUUUGCUGCGGCGUGGAAGGGCUGCCUUCCCCCACUUUCUCACGCGGCCUACAUAGGCGACGUGCCUGCCUUGGUGGAGCGCCUGCGCCAGGGCGAUGACGUGAAUGAGGCUGUGCGGCUGGCCAACCAGAGCGGCCAGGACGUCACCGGGGUGACGCCGCUGUACCUGGUCAGUCACCAGGGCGUCCACGGGUGA